AGCAGCGGCCUCUCCUGAGCACUUGCCCGGUCAGGCAGAGCAGGACUGGCUCGUGUCGUUGUGCCGGACCUGCAUUCAUGUUGCACACCAUGUGGCCCCGGGGGGCUCUCCUGAGAGGCUGCUCCAUGGGCUCUCUCCGGCGACUCUACCACGGAGACAAAGUGGCCACAAUCGGCUCCAGCCCGGACUCUAGCUCCCCGGCUUACCAGGAGAGCUAUGAUAGAAUGAAAGCAUUAGUAACUGAACUGCAGGAAAAGGCGGAAAAGAUAAGGCUUGGAGGAGGAGAAAAGGCCAGAACUCUCCAUACCUCUAGAGGGAAACUUCUCCCUAGGGAAAGAAUCGACAGACUUAUAGAUCCUGGGUCUCCUUUUCUGGAAUUCUCUCAGUUUGCCGGUUACCAGUUGUAUGGUAAUGAAGAGGUUCCUGCUGGAGGUCUCAUCACAGGCAUUGGCCGUAUAUCUGGGAUAGAAUGUCUUAUUGUAGCCAAUGAUGCAACUGUGAAAGGAGGCACCUACUACCCUAUCACGGUUAAGAAGCACCUCCGAGCACAAGAGAUCGCCAUGCAGAACCACUUACCUUGUGUAUACUUAGUGGAUUCUGGUGGAGCAAACCUACCUCGUCAGGCGGAUGUAUUCCCAGACCGUGAUCAUUUUGGCCGAAUUUUCUACAACCAAGCGAGGAUGUCAUCGCAAAGAAUUUCUCAGAUUGCAGUAGUGAUGGGAUCCUGUACAGCCGGCGGAGCAUAUGUGCCAGCUAUGGCUGAUGAAAGCAUCAUUGUUCGAAAACAAGGAACCAUUUUCUUAGGCGGACCGCCAUUAGUGAAGGCAGCUACAGGGGAGCAGGUAUCUGCUGAAGAUUUAGGAGGAGCAGAUUUGCACUGUAGGAAAUCUGGUGUGACCGACCACUACGCAAUAGAUGACAACCAUGCUCUUCAUCUGGCUCGGAAAACAGUGAGAAGUUUGAACUACAAAAAGAAUGUUGAUAUGACUAUUGAAAAGCCCGAAGAUCCACUCUUUCCAGCAGAUGAGUUGUACGGGAUUGUUGGUGACAAUUUAAAGAAGAAUUUUGAUGUCCGAGAGGUUAUUGCUCGGAUUGUGGAUGGAAGCAAAUUUGAUGAAUUUAAAGCACUUUAUGGAGACACAUUAGUUACAGGUUUUGCAAGAAUAUUUGGUUAUCCAGUUGGUAUUAUUGGAAAUAAUGGUGUCCUUUUCUCAGAAUCUGCAAAAAAGGCCACCCAUUUUAUUCAGCUGUGCUGUCAAAGAAACAUUCCCCUCCUUUUCUUGCAGAACAUUACAGGUUUCAUGGUUGGCCGAGAUUAUGAAGCAGGAGGAAUAGCCAAGGAUGGAGCUAAGAUGGUGACUGCUGUUGCAUGCGCCAGUGUACCAAAAAUUACUGUUAUUAUCGGAGGCUCCUAUGGUGCCGGGAAUUAUGGGAUGUGCGGUAGAGCUUACAGUCCCAGGUUCCUCUACAUGUGGCCAAAUGCUCGCAUAUCAGUGAUGGGUGGAGAACAAGCUGCUACUGUAUUAGCCACAAUUGCUAAAGACCAGAAAGCCAGGGAGGGGAAAUCGUUUUCAGAAAAGGAAGAAGCUGCUCUUAAAGAUCCAAUAAUCAAACGAUUUGAGGAGGAAGGCAAUCCAUACUACUCCAGUGCCAGGUUGUGGGAUGAUGGGAUUAUCGACCCUGCGGACACCAGAUUGGUUGUAGGCCUGAGCAUCAGUGCAGCUCUGAAUGCACCAACACAGAAGACUCAGUUUGGAGUUUUUAGGAUGUGAUUGACUCCAGAAUUAUUGUGCUUACUACAAAAACUUUACCAAUGUGACCUUUCUAAUAUAUUCUCUUCCUGUAAAAUAAAACUUUUUCUAAAACACUAUUAUGUAUUAUUUAUGGCAGCUAUUAUUUUACCUAAAGUAUCAACCACUGGCCUUUUUUGGCCAGCUGGAAAGUAAGGACUGUCACACUACAUCAUUCGCUUUUCAACCCUUUCAGCUAAGAGACUAGUAAUUAUCUGAUAUCACGAAUGUGGAAUUACUAUGGAAUUUCAAGAAUAGGGUGAGUUUACUUCAGAGGCUGGUACGUUUUGGGCAUCGAUGGGAUGGUAAGAAAAAUUGGACAUGCUGUGAUUUACAGGGUCCCUCAUAAAGCAUAUUACAGCACUUUGCGUAUUUUGCUUUGAGCUUA